AUGGCAGAAGGUCCAGACCCAGUUGAUUCCAUGCUCGAUCUGAUGCGUCGCCUCCCGCCUACCAAUGUCGAGGAGAACGUGAACGCGCUCAUACAGAUCUGCCCGGACUAUGCAGAUGAUCUUCUAGGUAGUGUCGACCAGCCUCUGAAGGUCAAGACAGACAGAGCCACAGGGAAGGACUAUCUUGCAUGCGAUUACAAUAGGGACGGUGACAGUUAUCGGUCACCUUGGUCGAAUGAAUACGAUCCUCCCAUAGACGAUGGUACCUCACCAACACCGAAGCUUCGCAAGCUUGAGAUUGCCGCCAAUGAGGCGUUCGAUACAUAUCGCGAACUAUAUUACGAAGGUGGCGUGUCUUCUGUUUAUCUUUGGGAUCUAGAAGAUGGCGGCUUUGCAGGUGUUGUGUUGCUCAAAAAAGCGAUGACACCCACAAGCCCUGACGAGCCUUCAGGUUCAUGGGACUCCAUCCAUGUCUUCGAGACCGUGGAGCGCGGAAGACAAGCCCACUACAAGCUCACAUCUACUGUCAUGUUGGAGCUCGUGACGAAACAGAACAAUAAGGCCGAUGAAACCUCCGUUCUCCACGAACCCGAAAAAAAGGCUUCCGAGCAAGGAUGGAAGUCGUCGGGGGAAAUCACUUUAAGUGGAAGCAUGACGAGACAGACCGAGCAGGACUGGCCUGUUCAUGAACCAACUUCACAUAUUACGAACACGGGAAAGAUGAUCGAGGAGAUGGAGAUGAAAAUGAGAAAUCUUCUUCAAGAGGUGUACUUUGGCAAAACACGUGAUAUCGUCUAUGAUCUGCGAAGCAUGGAUGACCUAAACAAAGCGCGACGACAAAGAGAGUUGCAGAAAGAGCUGGUUGGUUUUAUUAAGCGUUAG